AAUAACGCCCGUAUCAUCUUGGCAUGACAUGGUGUUCUUCGUGGAAGAGAAUUUUGGAAACUUUUUCCAUCAUGCCUUUCACACCUGACCGGGAAAAAUAUUGGCUCUAUACUCAAUUCGUCACGUGCAGUCUGCAAAUAGAAAUAGAACUUUGAGCACAAAUACUUCUGUUAAGUUGUGUUUGUUGACAAAAAUGCCGAUGAGAACAAUCUUCUUCCGCAAGCCUAAUCUCAGCCCACAACAACUCUUCUUGCUAGCGGUCGCUAUCGUCCUUUUUGUUGGAUAUACGCUCCUUGAAAAGAAGAGCCUGAGGGCCGAUUCUCUGGUUCACGCUGAACAUCACCAAGUUGCAUCCAAAGUUAUAGUUACUAGCGAAACCAAAUCUCAACUUUCAGAACCAAGCUUAACUUAUGGAGAGAAGGAUUUUUUUCUUCAAGGAAAACCUCUUCGAAUUCUGAGUGGAGCAGUACAUUACUUUAGAGUCGUUCCACAGUAUUGGAAGGAUAGAUUGGUGAAACUUAAGGCCAUGGGGCUGAAUACGGUGGAGACGUAAGUUCAUAGUUUUUCAGUAGUUGUUGUUCAAGUAGUGUGUGGAAAGAACAGCUGUGCAGUGCAACCUGUUGAAUGUCAAAACAGCUGGAGGACGUUUACCGCUUACGAAAAGCUUGAUUUUUGAACAUUUGUUCUCAAAUAGAUUUGCUUGUGCUUUGAUUCUAACGGUAUCUAUUGAGACAGAAGAGUAAUGAUUAUAUAACUUAUUAGACGUGUUUGUGUAUAGUAUCGCUGAGUUUUUUAAGAAUUGUAUUGUUCUAAAGAAUUAGCCAAUCAAAAUACAAACAAUGAGUUACAAUACUCAGCGAUACUAAGUACCAAAACGUCUCACAAGUUAUUUAUUAUCCUUCGGUUUUAUUUUAUGUGUAUUUGUUAUAAGGCUGGAUAAGCCAAAAGCUAUUAGAGGCGUGGUUUGAGACACGUCUUGCGAAACGCACGAUGUUUUUACAGUGCAAAAUAAACUUUUCAAAUAACCCUACAGUAUGGCGGGAUAUUUGUUCUCGAUUUGUGCGUUAUGUUUCUUCUGCUCAGUGCAGUUGGAUGAUAAUGAUAGUGAUCACAAUUGUAAUCAUUGUUUAGUAAUAUAGGCAUGAUAUUAAUUCCACUUAUAAUUGUUGAUUAUUUGAUACAUCUUUGCUUGCUAAUUGGUACUACUCUAAAUACAGAAAUAAACUGCCAUCAUUUCUGAAGUAUUUUUAAACAUAAAUUUGCUUAAAUCUGGUAAACAGUUAUGUUCCAUGGAAUGCACACGAAGAAGUGAAGGGUCAUUUUAAGUUUGAUGGGAACUUGGACAUCAGGUGAGAACAAUUUUUCUACUUUGUAAGGACACAAUGAGUUUUCAAAGUUUAUUUCAGAAGCUGUCUGCAAACUCUUGAGUCUCAUUGUUUCUUAACAAUAAAGAUUUUAAUGUGAGGUGCAUGAUUACAGAAAGGUUUGACAUCUUUUUUAAAUAACAAGGGAUGUCAAAAGUGUACUAUUUUGUAAUUCUCAGUUGUGGGAGUCAGUCCUGCAUGCAGGAUUUAAGGUUACAAAUGUGGCUAACUGAUCAUGACUAGUAUAUAAUCAAACAUUUUUUCUACCAACAGUGCAUUUAUCAAGCUGGCAAAGGAGUUGGGUUUGUAUGUUAUCUUGAGACCAGGACCUUACAUUUGUUCUGAGUGGGACUUCGGGGGAUUACCAAGGUAAGAUUGACAGAAAAUGCACUAGUUUAUAGCAAACUUGACUGAUUGUUACUCUGCAAGGUUCCACUGGCUAGUCUCAGCUUCAGUUAUCAAAACUCUUUGAUGUCUCCAAGAAGGGAAUUAGUAAUCAUGAAUCAACUCUUAAACUGGAAGAAUAUGCACCUGCCUACUUUUUGGCUACAUCUGUUACCUUCAAAUCACCAUUAGUAAUUACGCAUAUAACUAAGCUAUAACUGGUUUUAAAAACUGUUAUCAGUAUUACCUUGAAGAACUAAAGACAGGGUAUACUGCCCUUCAACCCUAACUUGAGUUUUGCAGUGAGAAAUUGUUAAAACAAAAAAAGGACUGAACACAUACCUUAUGGGGGGUUUUCCCAAUUUUAUUUAACUAUUUUAUAACUUAGUUUUGUUUAUUCUCCUUCCUUCUCUUUCCUUCUCUCUCCCUUUAUUUAUUUUUGAUCACUCUCAAUCUCUAUAUAAACAGUCUUUGUUUUACAAAAGCAAAAAAACCCAUCUCUUCACAUGAUAUUUUAUAUGGAUUUGUCCUCAGUUUAAAAUUUUUCUCUUCCAUCAUAACCUCAUUGAAUGUCUCAUUGAAUGUCUCAUAAAUUGUCUCUUGAGCCUCUUUCCUUGAUCAUUUGAAACAGCCUACAGUAGGUUAAAAUUAAAAGCCAAUGUGGUUGUAUACUUUUUAUCAUUUUUUUUUCUUGUAAGUUAAAUGUCCUUAUUGUAACUACUUUGAGUGUAUUGCAAAAUAAAGUUAAUAAAAAAAGAUAAAUACAUAAGGAAAAAAAAGGAAAGAAAAAAUUAUAGGGUCUUUGUGAGCUUCUUGCUAAUCUUUAGCAAAUUCUUACAACUUAGUUCUGUCAGCUCCCAGAUGUUGAAGUGGUAAAAAGAAUGUAUCAAUGAAAGGGGAAAUGGGAAGAGAGGUUACUUAAAUCUUUAACUCCCAUGAAUGACCGAGACAGAAUUUCUCCUCACAUAUCAAUACAAUAUCAACCAGAUAAGUGAUGAGAAUAAAGAAAAAUAUCAAUUUGGGGAUAAUUAGUUGAUCCAAUAUUAAAUUCUCUGAACUAACACUUUAAGAAUUGUAUGGUUGACAGUAAGGAGAAUUACAAAUUUGAUCUGGGAGUUAAAGGAUUAAGAAGGCUUUGAAAAAGAUGGCUUUUAAUAGAAUCACUACUGCUCAUCUAAUAAUUUUUUUUUUCAUAAUUAUUUUCAAAGCUGGCUAUUGAGUGAUCCUCACAUGGAACCAAGAUCAAUGUAUCCUCCAUUCAUUGAAGCUGUUGAUCAGUUUUACAAAAGGUUUCUGCCAAUUUUGGUUCCUCUGCAGGUAAUGUACAUGACAAAUAAGACCUGGAAACUAUUUUCUGUUUAUUUUUUAAUAUUUGUCAAGACAACUAGAAGUGCUAGCACCAAAAUCAAGCCAAAUUUUGCAUGAAGCAGAAUAAGUUUUAUUCUACUAAAUACCAGGAAUUCAGGCCUUCAACAUGAUUUUGGCAUUCUGUGAAUUACCCUUGAUGCAUAGAGCAAUUGUUAACCAAAAGGUGAUAAGAUAAAGGUUUUAACUUACUUGUCUGUAUUUGCUUACUUAUUUUCAGUUUUCUAAGGGUGGUCCUAUUAUAGCUUUCCAAUUGGAGAAUGAAUAUGGAAGCUAUGCUUCUGCUGAUGUGGACUACAUGCAACACCUAAAAAUGGUCUGUAUUUUAAUAUUCAAGGUCUAACUUACUGAACAAUUUUCUUACUUUUCCACUGUGCACAGUAUGUCUUGAGCUUGUCAAACCUCAAAUGUUAUGCUUAGCUAAAUUUUGGCUUAAGAGGGAAAUAAAAUAUACAGCACAAAUUUGACAAGAUUUUCUUUUGGACAGCUUAUGAUCAAUGGAGGAAUAACAGAGUUACUUUUCACAUCUGAUAACCAUUCUGGACUGAAGAAAGAGUUCCUUACCUUACAAAAUGGUAAAUAUCACCAUGCAGCUAAUUUCAAUUCAAAUAAUGUCCAAUAUGCAUUAUUGCAGGGGACAAAUUGAAAAAAAGAGAAGUGUUUUUUGAAAGGUGUUUUCUGAUGUUCUUUACAUUUUUAUUUCAGUUCUGAAAACAAUCAACGUAGAUGUUCAACCUAAUGUGAAACAAGAACUCUCAUAUUUACAAGAAAUACAGGUAAAAUUAUGAUAUUAAGUUUUAGACAAAGAAAAAUAUAUACAAUUAGGGAAACUCCUGUUAUAAGUUGCAUAGUUGUAAGCAGCAAUUAUCAAUCAUGGCAAUUAUAACUUAUUUCUCAUUUAGUGAGCUGUAUUUCUCUGUACAGCCCGCUAAAUUCAAAAGUUUGUUUUAAUUGAAAUCUCCUCCUUUCUUUGAACCCAUAAAUAUAAUAAAUAUCUUACUAACCUCAUUUUUUCUGCUGAGAUUUAUGGACCGCAAGUUUCAUGCUCUGGCCAUAAACCAAAGCAGAAAAAACUUGUCUGAUCUGUAACUUACAAUGUGGACUUCAACUUGGUUAGAAAGAAGUAUUAGUUUGUGAUGAUAUGGCAAAUGUGUUUUGAUAUGUUGGUGACACUGACAGUGAUCAUUUCCAAGCUAAUAUUCAGAUGCUCACAUAUAUCUGAUUGAAGGGGGUAAGUUUCUAAAUAAACUGUAUGUGCUGCAUUGGUGGGAGAGUAUAACAGGGUAAUUUAGUGUUAUCAACUUAGUUGAUAAUGUAAAUUGGCCACUGUCAAGAGUUUAAAGGCUCAAAAUGUCAGCCUUUAAGGUCUUUAAAGUGGCCAAUUUACCUUAUCAACUCAGUUGACAAUACUAAACUACCCACAUAUUACAUGUAAAUCUGAGUUUGACAGUAGCAAAAAAAAGUCAUUACACUGCUCAUACCUUUUUUUUUUUGCAAACUUUGAAGCCAGACAAACCUGUUUUGAUAAUGGAAUACUGGGUAGGCUGGUUUGAUCUAUGGGGAAAUGAUAAACACCAUGAUGGCAAGAGUGCUGGAAGUGUAGCAAGAGUCUUGGGAGAAAUUCUGGAGUUUGGAGCCUCCUUCAACCUCUACAUGUUUCAUGGUUUGUUUUUGUUUUGUUUUUAAAACUGAUAGAUAAAUGACAUCAUAAGUGCACUUCCUUGGAUCAGAUUUUGAAUGUUCAAAAAUCACUGUUAGAAACUUUUACAUUUAGUUCUUUCCAUCUUGCAUGAAGGUUUUAACUCACUUUGUACACUGUGCUUUGCCAACACUAUGAAUCAAUGAAAAGUGAUUUAUCAAUGGAGGUAAACCAGCAUUUAGAAUGCAAGAAACCUGUGUCCACUUGCACAGGCCAGCCAUCUUUGUGAAUAGGAUAAGUGUUGUUUCUUAUUAAUGAUACUUGAUAAAUGUUCGAUCCUUAGGAGUCGCUUUGCAUGACUUUGUGUCCUUUUCUGAACCCAAUUUUGUUUGCUAGAAGCUUUCAUGUUUGUUUUGUAGGAGGAACAAAUUUUGGCUUCAUGAAUGGUGCAAAUGGCCUUAGACCAACCACCACUUCAUAUGGUAUGUCUAUGACAGUUUUUGAAAUUUGAUGAAAAUUAAACUAUUUUAAUCAUGUGCACAUAAGAUUAAUUUUAGUUGGAGGUAAAUGUGGGCCUAUUAGUAAGCAAGCAAGAAUCUCUAUCAAGUGGUAUGUUUUUGAUCUCUUUUCAACAUUCAUGAAUGCAUGGACAAGACACCUCACUCUCACAGUUCCUCUCACUGCCCACCAGUAUCACUUGGUAACAGGAAACUGUCUGGGAAACAUGACCAGGAGUAUGCUGCAAAGACUAGUGUAGCAUGGCUCCCUGUUACUCCAUGUUACAGAAACUGGAAUAAGUUAUUGUAGUGUUGAUAGCUCAGCUUGAAAAUCUAGAAAUCAGUUUUAAUUACUUUUGCUAAACUUUAUAAAAUCAUGAGAAAUCCAUGGGAUUAGGGUAACUUGUGUGUUACUUGUGCACAAUUGAACAAUGCAAAAACUUUUUUAUUUUAGAUUAUGAUGCACCUUUAUCAGAAGCUGGAGAUAUGACACCAAAAUACCGCUCCAUUAAAGAUGCCAUAAAACAGCAUGCACCAGAACACUCUCGUUAGUGUGUAGUCAGACACGUGACUCAUACCAUGAAAUACUUUUAUCAUAAUAUAGUGAUUAUGAUUAGCUGUUAUAAGAACUUACCUGAAGGGUAGUUUGACACAUUUUUGGAUGUGUAGAAAGACUGAUGAAUUUUUAAAAUUAAUGGAAAGCAUACCUCAGAGACCUUUUGAUAGAUUAAUACUUUAUUCAACAAACACUGAGCACUCGUGUUUGAAUGAUUGGAGUGUUCUUUGCUAUGUUGUGCAGUAUAAGUGCGGAUUGUAGGCUACAACUUGUACAGACAGAAAGAUAAGAGUUGCACAUUUUCAAAUUGUUUGUCUAAAAAUGAAUAGCAUUUAAGCUACAAAUGUGCCAAGCUAAAUCUGUCACAAUAUCUAAGAGACAAAAUUGGAAUAUUUUGGACUGUUUUUGAUUGAUUAUUGUCCCUUAAAUAAAUUAAUGCCACAUCAUUUGAUUCUCAAAACCGUAGUUCUCAAGAAUCUUCCUCAAGUUUCAGAGAACUCUUCAAGAAAGGAUUAUGGUAAGAAUCUUUAUCUGCUUCAUUCACCCUUUAACCCCUAAGAGAGACUGAAUUCUAAUUUCUCCUUACAAUAUCACCACUGAAUCACACAUGAAUGUCAUGAGAAUAAAGGAAAUGAUCACCAACUAAAGAAACUCCUGAUUGUUCAACAAAUUCUCCUUGUCAGCACCUUAGUAAAUGUACAGAGAGCAGUAUGGAGAAUAUGAACACUGAUGUUAGGGUGGAAAGGGUUAAGGAUCAAAUUAUUCAUCAAAUUAAUACCUCCCUAGUUGAAAGGUACAUUUCUUUAUUUGUGUUUUUUCUUCCCUGCUUUUCAAAGGUAAAGUCUCCUUACAGCAGUUUAUGUCCCUAACCCACCUGCUUUCAUAUCAGGUGAGGUGAUAAAGAUGUCAUUGUUUUUUGGAAUUUUAAUUCAAAUGCAAAUAAUCUGUAGUAAAGACAUUUCUUUUCAGUUGAUGCUUAUAUCAGUUGUACAGUUCAUUGCUGAACAUCGAAAUUUCUUGUGUGCAAACUGUGCUAGUGGAGCUCAAUACUCAAGAAGAUAUGUAGCUAUCUUCUUUUACAUGCAAGUUACCUUAUCUAUAUGGUAUUUACAAAGUAUUAAAUUUUUGUUGCUUUAGACCCCUAUAGAAAGUGGUCAUGUAAUGCCAAUGGAACAACUGCCAAUCAACAAUAAUGGCGGACAAGGGUAUGGUUUCAUACUGUACCAGACAGAGUUACCUCACUAUCCAAAAGAGAUUGUAAUGGAACAAGUUUUGGACAGAGCCCAGGUACAGCUUGAUCAUUUGUUUGUUAAGCAGUUUCCCUUCGGUAAUCUGCUUGGAAUUGUCCACUGUUUUAAACUUGAUGAUAGCAUUCAUCAAACAUAUCCUCUGAUCAGUUGUUCGUUUUUUUCUGCCUCUCCUUUCUUGAUGGGGGCAAGGCAGGGCAGAGUAGGGUGAGAUUUCACCAGUGGGUGAUGACAUACAGCAUAGAUGACAAUAGAAGGAAGCAGCUCCAAAUUUAAUGUAAACAAUUAAACCUCUAGGAGUGGGGUGGGGAGGCACUGUUGAACAGGUGUUUCUCAGCCAAAUUUCAACAACUUGAACUUGCUUCUCAGAUUCAUCGUAGUAAUGCUGUACGUAAGAGGAAUUCCUUAAGUUGGCUAAUCUCACAGAUAGAACAAGUUCUUACCAUAGAUAUCUAGAACCAUUUUUUAGUAGGGGAAUAUUUAGAAAGUGUUUCUUUUUUCUCUUUUUUUCUCUCACCACUCGUCUGAAUUGAAAAUUACCUUUUUCCUAAAGGUUUAACGUCAGGAACGAAGCCAAGUUCUAAUCAGUGUAACUAUAUCUUUAUAACAUCGUCUGCCUCAGAUCCUUUUAGAUUCUAUUCUGAUUCAAACAUAUGACGCAAGUACAAGAUACGAAAGUCCUGUGGUGAUUAAAGUGAGUCAGAAUCAUGCGCAGUCACAACGCUCAGCCGAGCCAACCAAGCACAAGCUGGAGAUAUUGGUAGAAAACAUGGGACGAACAAAUUUUGUUUGGGACAUGAAGAGGAUGCGGAAAGGUAACGUUUCGAAAUGUAGCAACUAUAUGCAAAAAGCCACGACUUAUUGCUGCCUAUGAGGAAGUUGCUGCUUUUAAUAAAAGUAGUAUUUAUUACUUUUGUCACUGCAUUUACAUGAAUCAGAUGAUAAUGUCAGUCUGAGUUCCAUUCUGAACAUUCACCAAUGAUAAUUGUGUGACCAAGCAAUUGGUCACACAAAAGUGUCCAAAAUCGGGAAUCGGACAUUAGUAUCCAAAAUUGGAAAUCGGACUCUUCCUUAAACAAAGUUUAACCGCUUUGUGUUGUCAAUUCUCAGGUAUUACUGGGAAAGUGACUGUCGAUGGUCUAAGUCCUACCAAAUGGCGAAUUUACCCACUUCAAUUCAAGCCGCAAGAUCUGGCAAGGUAACGCCACUUGAACAAUUCCACAAUUUGUUGCCUUUUGGCACCAGAAUUAUUAUAUUUUAUGUGGCAGUACUGUAAGGAGAAGCCUCUUUCAAAAUGUAUCGUAUCUAUUUUUGUUAUUUCAGGAACGAACUUGUACAGUUUUCUGUCGUUCCAUGCCCACAUCUGUAUUUCUUCUCGACAAGUGUGUCGUGCCAAGAAAUGACACCUCCCCCCUUUCGCAUAGUAUCCGAGUUGUAGUAUUUUAUUUGAAUUAAUUUAAAAUUUUAACUCUCGUCUGUUGGUCAAGUAUCAAGUCAUGUUUUUCAGCAUUAAAGAGAAAGGAAAAUGGGAUAAAGUACCGGUAAAAGGACCAAUCGGUCCAUUCCUGUACAACGGAACUUUUAAGGUCAGUGGAGGACCUAGAGACACUUUCUUGGAUAUGGCAAAUUGGAACAAAGGAGUGUGUUUCAUUAAUGGACAUAACCUGGGAAGGUACUGGGAAAGGGGACCUCAGCGAACUUUGUAUGUUCCAGCACCAUGGUUACGGACAGGAGACAAUGAAGUGAGUAUGAGAGUUGAAACCAAAAUAAUUACAUAAGCCAACAGAGACUAGGUAAACAGACUAAUGAGUAAGAAUAAAAUUUCUAUGUUUUGUUUACUAUGUAUUCAUUUCUGAUGUCGAACGCAACGUGUAAGAAGACCAGUAACUGAAACGGUGCAAUCCACAAGGGAAGCGACGUCAAGAGAGGAACCAUUUAUUUUAUUUCACCUUAAUGAUCCACAAAAACCGUGUUAAUGAUAUCAUCCUAACGAGCCGGUGGAAACACAAGUCAAAUGCAUAUGAUCCCUGUUUUAAGCUCGGAAAAUCUGCCUUGGCCGUGUUAUAUUGUCAGUCUUUUUUCUUCUUACUCCAUGGUAUUGAAUUAUUGAUGGUUGGAUUUUUCCUUUCCAAGCUCAUCAUAUUGGAGCUUCACAGUUAUAUGACAGCAGCUGAAGUUUCAUUCAGAACAUCUCCGUUUUACCGAGGAUAAAAAUCUCCUGAGGAAUGCUUGAGCACAGUAUUUGAGCUGCUUUGAAUUUGACUCGACUCUCUCAGCUCAGUGACUCAUUGACGUCUACAAGACAGUAGGGAGGUUUCAUUGAUUGGAAGUCGUUCAGAUUAUGAAGCAGAAUACUUUCCCGGUGAAGUAACCUGAAAAACUGAUGAAAACGUCAUAUACCUUGUGGAGUAGGGUAGGACAAUGGUUCGAAACCUAGCCCCGUCGUCAUAUAAACCAAGCCUCUAGUUAACGAUGUGGAUCCUUUUAAAAGACACUUUCCAUGACUAAACCUGGGUAUAACGAACAAUCUUCUUAUGUCGAUGUUUGUGAGAGGCAUGGAAAGAACUUAAUGAUCAGUAAAGAAUACGUGUCGCCAGUUAAAUGGUACUUCACGGUAUUCUUGGUUCCUUUCCUCGUUGCGAGGGUUAUUCAGGCUCUUCUUCCGCCAUAAAAACAGAGGUCUAAAUUCUAAUUCCACUUCGAUUCAGUUUAAAUUGAAUUUUUGAAAGCUCCCACGCUCCUCAAGCGUUUACAAAUUAUUUACAUUUUAACACUUGAGAAACUGCUCUACGUAAAGGACCUCUCUUUAAAAAGAAGUCUACCACUAUCAGUUAGAAAAGGAAAGAAAAAACUCGUGAAAAGAUUUUAAUAAUUACCAAACCGUUACGUCACAAUGGGCCAACGACAAGAUUGUCUUUUUGUAUUUUACUAGAAAGACUUUCGCUUGCUUGAGAUUUAAAUUUACACAGUGUGGAUAUUAUUUUCAAUUUUGAUCGGAAUUUGUAAACAACAACUUGUUUAUAAGGACC